AUGAAGCUCAAUCUGGUUUCUCUUCUUGCGACUGUUCUUUUGUCGUCAACUGUGAAGGCACAGUUGUCUGGCACAGUUGGGCCUACUACGACUCGAGCUGCAAAAGAAGCUGUCAAAGUUUGCAAUGUCCUUGAUUAUGGCGGAGUCGCAUCAAAGACUUCUGACAUUGGACCACCUCUUGCAUCUGCAUGGGCUGCUUGCAAAAGCGGAGGAGAAGUCUACAUUCCAUCCGGAGACUAUGGCAUGGCAACCUGGGUCACAUUGACUGGUGGAACUGCCGUUUCCAUUCGACUCGACGGUAUCAUCUACCGCACAGGUACUGCAGGCGGAAACAUGAUCUUUGUCGAGCAUACAACCGAUUUCGAAAUGUACAGUAGCACAUCGAAAGGGGCUAUGCAGGGCUAUGGAUAUGUCUUUCACGCUGAGGGUGAAUACGGCCCCCGGCUCUUGCGCUUAUAUGAAGUUGUCGACUUUUCUGUUCACGACAUUGCGUUGGUCGACGCACCUGCAUUCCAUUUGGUGAUGGACACUUGCUCCAAUGGCGAGGUGUACAACAUGAUAGUCCGCGGCGGAAACGAGGGUGGUCUGGACGGGGUUGAUGUUUGGGGAACCAAUAUCUGGAUCCACGAUGUCGAAGUGACGAACAAAGACGAGUGUGUUACUGUGAAGAGUCCAUCUAGCUUCAUUCUCGUUGAAAGCAUCUAUUGUAACUGGUCUGGUGGAUGUGCUAUUGGAUCUCUCGGCGCAGACACUGACAUCCACGACAUUGAAUACAACCACAUCUACACUCAAAACAGCAACCAAAUGCUAAUGAUCAAAUCCAACGGCGGCUCCGGCUCCUUCUACAGCGCCUCCUUCAACAACUUCAUGGGCCAUUCCAACGCAUACACUCUCGACAUCGACGGAUACUGGUCAGGACAGUCGGUCGCCACAGGAGACGGCGUCCUCUUCUACGACAUCACAUUCAACCACUGGCACGGAACCUGCGCCGCCGGCGCAACACGCGCUCCCAUCCAAGCGCUCUGCCCCUCCGGAGCUCCCUGCUACGACAUCACGAUCGAGAACUACUACAUCUGGACCGAAUCCGGCAGUGAGGUGCUGUAUAAGUGCGAGAAUGCUUACGGAAGCGGUGGCUGCUUGAAUACUGGUAGCUCUUACACCACAUAUGCUGAGACGACUAAGACUGUUACUUCUGUUGCGUCUUAUUCUGCUACGACUAUGGCUGCGGACCUUACGGCUGGCUUUGGACUCACGACCAGUAUUCCUAUCCCUGCUAUUCCUACAAGCUUUUACCCUGGCUUGGCCCCAAGUAGCGCCCUUCUGGGAUAGAACGACUUGUAGUGCGAGCAGAUCGAGGGGAGGGAGGGCAGUAAGUUAGGUGUAUGUGUGUAUGAAACUCCAUGAGUCGAUUGGAGAGACGAUCUUUCUUGUAAAUACUUCUUUUCGUGUUGUACAUAUUUUAUGUUUCAUGUAUAUACGAUUUGAAAUCCAUAAACAUUUCUUGUUCG